UAAUAGAUCAAAAUGCUUCAUUCGUGGUUGAAGAAUUAGCAGAAUCUACUAAUCCAACAAGCAACAAUUCCCAACCAACGCCAGAGCAAUCACAACUGUAUGAGAUACCUAAAUGGGAACACGAGUACGACUAUGUAUACGCUAACGAUCGCACAUUUGACUUACAACUUCGAAGACGAAGUUCUAAGUACGAUCUCCCACAGAGCCCUACAUACGAAUAUCCCGAGAAGCCCCAAACCCAUCAAUACGAGUAUCCUUCACUUGAUAAGCCGAUAUUAAAGAAGGCGACACAACAGGAAGACGAUACAACGGGAAUAUAUACAGAUACUGGCGUAAUGGACAGCGGGUAUUCUCCACUUGUAAGGUCGCCAGUAAACAACAACGAAAGUGACGAUAGCGGUUACACACACCUGCAAUACAGUGUCCAAAGAGGAAAAGAAGAGGCGGGUGCAACUGAGAGAGCGGUUAAACCAGAUGGAUUACUUAAUGCAAUGGACGACAAGUAUACUCCACUAGUAAAGCCGUCAUUAAAAAAUGGAUGUGAAAAUAGCGGUUAUGCUCAUCUGAUCAAUGGUCAAAAAACAAGUGACGAAGGAGGUGCAAGAGGGGGGAAGGAUGAAGCAGACGAAUUGUUGUAUGUUGUUGUAAUGGACGGCGAGAAUACUUCUAAUUCUUUAAUGGCGACCUUAAAGAAUGCUAGUGAAGCUCCAGAUCACGCAUCCACCUCUGAUCACAAAAUGAAGUAG